AUGACGUAUUUGGUAAACAGGCCGUCGACUUGGGCGUUGAAUGCGGCUGUGAGACCCGUCGUGCCCGGUUGGAUAAGUGUCGGUGAUGUUGGGUUGACCCGAGGCGAUGUCGUAGAAGAUGAUAGGGUUGGAGGAGAUCAUAGUGCUUCAAAUAAUGGUAGUGUAGAAGUAGCUUCGGGUCGAGGAGAGAACAAGAAUUUAAAAGAUCGCGGAUUAGAGCUCGAUUUUGUAUUCACAGAUUUUAAAAUGAAUAAAUUUUUAUCGUGUAAGCAAGCUCUGGACGUUCUAUCAACUCACACAAAAUUGUCAAAAUUACCUGAUCAAAUAACGGGAAAUACGGUGUAUGUUUUAGGGUUAAGUACUGGCACGCAAGACCAAUGGAAAUAUGAUAAUUACAAAUGGACUUCAUCUUGUGUUCGAGAUCUUAAUUUAAAUAAAGUUGCACAGUUUCAUUCAACUCAUUUUGUUAGUGAAGAUGAUUCAAAUGAAAAUUUACCAUGUGAAGAAAAAUUUAGGAAAAAAGUAUAUAUUCUAAUUGAAGAUCAAUUAACAGUCAUUGUGCAUUAUUUAGGUGAUGAAACAAAGGGGUUACGAGCAACACACACACCAAGAUCAAUUCUCAAUAAAAUUGAUGAACGUGUUAAAAAUCAGACUCCAUCUAACGUUUAUCGUGAAAUGAUAUGCUCAGAGGAAGGUGCAUUAACAGUCAAAAAUAAACGACAAAUUCGAUACCGUCGACAAAAAAUAUUAAAUGAACUGAAAUUGACCCAUGAUGAUAUAUAUGCUUGUUACAGUAUUGGUAUUAAUUAUCCAGAAUUUGUUCGAAUGAUGAUUUUGUUACCACGUAUUGUAAUAAUUUGUGCACAUCAGGCAGCAAUAGAUUCAUUCAAUUCAUUAUUGAAAAUAACGACAACGCACAUUGUAAUAUCAUACGAUACUACUUUCAAUCUUGUAGAUGGCUAUGUUAGUUCGCUGAUAUAUCACCACGACGGUUUUAUUCAGCAACCAUCUAUAGUUUUGGCAUAUAUGAUACACGAUGUUAAACAAGAGCAAAGCCAUCUACAUUUCUGUCGUGUUAUUAAUGACUUAUGUCCACAAUUACAUUCAAAAUGCUUAUUAAUAUCAGACAACGAAAAAAGUUUUAAAAAUGCAUUUCAAAAAGUGUUCCCAGAUUUGAUUCAAAUGCGUUGCCAUAAUCAUCUUUAUCGUAAUAUUUAUCGACGUACAUUGAAAUAUCGAAAAGCGGAUAAUAAUGCAAGUGCACCAAAGAAUCUUGGUGAAGACGAUGAACAAGCACAAACAAUGCGAACUGCACAACAGCAACCUCCGACAACAGGAAAUAAUCAAAGUAAUGUAUUCAAUGAUAUAUUCAAUGGUGUAUUCAAUAACAACCAAGAACAUAAUGACCAACGUCUAGACGAAUAUGACAGUAAUGUUAUUGAUAAUUAUAAAUUUGAUCUUGAAAUUGCUGAAUUAGUUGACGGUGUUCAUCAUUAUAUCGUCAUGGAACAUGAUUAUUGUGGUUCGACUGUUCAACAUCAACUAUCGUCACCAAACCAAGAAAACACAUCAGAAGAAAACAUCACAGCGACAGAUAUAAUUCUUGUACCCGAAACCAGAAAAGAAACGGCACGUGAAUAUAAACUGAAGCCAACGUUCGAUAAAUUAAUGGUUGAAAAAUCAUUAUUAACCUUUCUUGAUACCUAUGAUCCACGUGAGCUAAUUAAAAAAAUUAAAAACUUGAACAUCGAAAACAAUGAUUUAACAUUAUCCGAAGAUGAUGAAGAUGGUAUAUUACCAGCACCACAUAGAGAAGAACGGAAACCGUUGUCACAGCUUGAAUUGUCACAAGCAUUAAUUCAUGACGAUUCUGUAACUUAUCUUCGAAAAAAGGCAGUGAAAACAGAAAUGAGAAUACCAGUUACACAACAAGAAAUCAAACUGAAUUGCUCUUUGUUACGAAAAUCCACCAAAGCCGAAGCUGGUAUCAAAAAAACUGGUACAAAACAGCCAUCAGUAUGGGAUACUGAAAAACAGAAUAAAGCGUCUAAUGAUUCAAUCAGCAAAUUAUCGAAAAAAUUGGUGAAACAGACAACGGCAUCUUCACAGAAAAAUGUUCGUAGACGAGCAAUGGCAAAUAUUGAGAAUUUAUUAAACGAAACGUUGGAAAGUGAAUAA